GAGUGUGUGUGUGUGUGUGUGUGUGUAUGUGUGUGUGUACCUGGUGUUUGCUCUGCUUCUGCUCAGCCGCCUUCACAGAACCCCCCAGGAGGGGCCCCUUGGCCCAGCGCUGCUCUUUUCCGGGAGCUGGGUGCUGAGGGCGUCACUCCACCCUUCCCUCUGCUCUUCCUCCCCCUGCCCGCCCAGCAGGGCCAGCCCCUCCCAGCCCACUCUGCUUCUGGGGGCUCCUCCGGGACACAGGCAGGAUGGUCGAAAGCACGGUGUCCGUGACUGGGCUGGACCUGGCCACCGCGGAGAAGCUGCCCGCACACAUCAACAUCCACGUGCACCAGGAGUCGGCCCUGGCACAGCUGGUAAAGGUGGGCAGUGCCCUGAAGCAGUACUUCUCCCGGCCCUCCGGCACCCGCGUCGGCCACGGGCAGCUGUCCCUGGGGGUGGCCCAGGUCCUGCUGGGGCUGCUGAGCUGUGCCCUGGGGGCCUUUCUCUACCUCGGGCCCUGGACCUUUCUCCUCGCCUCGGCCUGUGCCUUCUGGGCGGGCGCCUUGACCAUUGCGGCAGGAGCUGGGGUCAUCGUCCACGAGAAGCAUCGGGGCAGAUGCUCACUCUUCCUGGCCGCCCUGCUCAGUGCCCUGGGCGUGAUGGUCACCGUGCUGGCCGUGGUCCUCUGCGUGCGCAGCCUCGCUGCGGGUCACAGCUUCCACCCGGAGUCCGUGUGCGACCCGCCGGAGCCGGAACCCUCCUUCACAACCAGCCCCCCCCGGGAGUGGGGGUGGCGGAGGUCCUACUAUGACAGCAACGAGAGCUGGACCAUACAGAGGUGCAAGGAGUUCAUGGAGAAGAACAUGUUCAUCGGGAUCCAGGCGCUGCUCCUGGCCACCUGCAUGCUGCAGGCCGUGGGGCACGGGGUCUCCCUGGGCCUGGUGAUUCGAAGCACCUGUGCCAGGACCUCCCUUCCCCUGGACCAGGGGGAGCUGGAGAAGAGGCUCCUGGGGCAGAAUUCCGCGCCCCCCUCCCCCUCCAAGGAGAAGAUCACGGCCAACAUCAUCCUGUGAGGCCGGCAGGGAGCUUGCCCGCUGCCCGCCCCUGCCUGAGAGGGGGACCCGGGCUCUCCCCGCCCCCGUCCCCCUGCCUGCUCCCCCACCAGCCUCCCUCACCGAGCUCAGCCCCCAUCAGGCACUGCCGCAUCACCCUGAGACCGAAUAAACAGCACAGCUGCGAGAAGCAGCUGGCGUAGACGAGA